AUGUUCAAGGUCUGUAAGAAAUUGAAAGCUCUUAAAGCUCCCUUGAAGAAUCUUUUUAAGCAGGAGUUCAGCAACAUCUCCAACCGAGUAGAGCUAGCUGAGGCUGAAUAUAACAGUGUGCUUAAUUCUCUAAAGCAAAAUCCUCAGGAUCCUUCCCUUCUUGCUCUGGCAAACCGCACUAGAGGGCAGACCAUUAUGCUUAGAAAAGCGGAGUCUAUGAAAUUUGCUCAGCUCAUCAAAAACAAAUAUCUCCUGCAGGCUGAUAAAUGCUCCAAAUUCUUUCAUGCUUUAAUUAAGUGCAACAGACACAGUCGGUUUAUUGCUGCCAUAAGGCUAGAGGAUGGGCAUAACACUUCCUCCCAAGAUGAAAUUGCCCUUGCUUUUGUGAAUCACUUUAGGAAUUUGUUUAGUGCUCAUGAGCUAACCCAAACUCCAUCCAUUUCGAUCUGCAACAGGGGUCCUAAGGUUCCCACCGAUUGCUUUGCGGCCUUACUUUGUCCUACUUCUAAGCAAGAGGUUUGGAACGUUAUUUCUGUGAUGGAUAAUAAUAAAGCUCCUGGGCCAGAUGGUUUCAAUGUUUUAUUCUUCAAGAAGGCUUGGAAUAUCAUUGGUGAUGAUAUCUUUGCAGCGGUUAAUGAAUUCUUUACAACUGGAAAAAUUCUAAAGCAACUCAACCAUGCUAUUAUUGUGCUUAUUCCUAAGCAUGAUCAGGCCUCCCAGGUUAACCAUUUUAGACCCAUAUCUUGCUGUAAUUUGUUAUAA